AUGGCUCUUGAAAAAGAACAUUAUGUUGAAGCACUAGAAUAUAAUGAAAUUAUAGUUCUUCUUAGUGAUGCUCAGUUAUUGAAGACAAUGUUGAAUGAUGGUUCUGGUUAUCCUAAGUUAAUGAAGGAAUUUAUGAAAUUGCGUUACACAUCGAGAAAUGUUGGAGCUUUGUCACAUCAACUUGUUGUUGAUGCUACUGCAAGUUUAUGGCGAGAUGAUGAUAUGAUGAUACUAAAGAAAGGUUAUUGCUUCCAACUAGUGUUCAUAAGAAGUCGUGUGAUAUUGUGUUCUUUGGUUUAUUCUGAAGGUUGUGAUCUUAAGAAGUUGUGUUUUAUCCCUUAA